GCUCAGGUACACCUUCGAAAUACCACCACCACCGUCACCAGUGAUGGCCGCCGUCGCAGUAUUAUCAAAAAGCACUCAUCUCCGUCGCGCAUACCGCCUCUUCUCCACCUACACGGCGUCUCGUCUAGUAACACCACACUCCAAUAAAAUCCCCAAACCACCUCUCAACCCUCAACCGGAUUUACGAUCAUUUACAAAUCUCCCUAGGUUUUUAUCUACUAACACCAAUGCGGCUCAAGCAUCCAACGAAACGGUCUCGGAUGCUCAGGGGAAACAGUCCGGUGAUUCCAAUCAGAGUUCAGAUCAAGGAAAACCUGUUAGAGGCGGGCCUAUUUCUUGGUUGAGCUUUCUUUUGUUGAUUGCGACUGGAGCAGGGGUUAUCUUCUACUAUGAUCAGGAAAAGAAGCGGCAUAUUGAAGAUAUAAAUGCUUCUUCAAGCGCAGUAAAGCAAGGACCUUCUGCCGGUAAAGCAGCCAUUGGGGGUCCAUUCAACCUUGUUGAUCAUAAUGGGAGAUCUGUUACUGAAAAAGACUUCAAGGGGAAAUGGACCUUGAUAUAUUUUGGCUUUACUCACUGCCCGGAUAUCUGCCCAGAUGAGCUACAAAAGCUUGCUGCUGCAAUCGACAAAAUAAAGGGGAAGGCAGGUUUACAGAUAGUACCGGUUUUUAUCUCGGUGGAUCCUGAGAGGGACACGGUAGAGCAAGUUCAUGAUUAUGUCAAAGAGUUCCACCCGAAGUUGAUUGGACUAACUGGUGAUCCAGAUGAGAUAAAAAAGGCUGCUCGUGCUUAUCGAGUUUACUAUAUGAAAACCGAGGAGGAAGGCUCGGAUUACCUCGUUGAUCACUCGAUAAUUAUGUACUUGAUGGAUCCGAACAUGGAGUUUGUAAAAUUUUUCGGGAAGAAUAAUGACGUUGAUGCUCUUACGGAAGGGAUCCUUAAUGAAAUCAAACAGUACAAAAAAGCUAAGGCUUAAUCUUGUUGGUGUUACCCUUUUGAUGUGUUCUUUUUGUUUUGCAUUUUCCAUAUGGUGAGGAGGUAUGGUUUAAGUACUUUGAUAUUUUAUCAUACAAAGGAUUACAUUUAUUAUUAAUAUUAGUUGGAAUGAAUGAGUUAUGUAAUUUCAUUUUA